AUGGAUAUUAUUGACACUUCCAACUAUGAUUACGCUGUGCCAGAGUUAGGAACAGCACCUUUGCUACCUCCAGAACGUGGGGUUAGUGGGGCCAGUAGCACCAUAAGCAGUGGAACCACCGGUUGCGAACCCAAUGAGGUUGGAUAUUGCAGAGGAGGGCCUAGAUCAAGUGUACGAGGUGAAGGCAAAAAGAGUCCGACUCAACAAGAUGUUCUCAAUGCCUUGAAGAAACGCUUAGAACAAACAUCUGUGCCCGAAUUUCCUAGACAUAGAUUGCGAAUGCUAAGCAAAUUAGCCGAUGGAGCAUUUGGCACUGUGUAUAUUGCGGAAGCAGAUGGAAUUCCAGAAUACGGUUCCCAAACAUCCUUGGGCAAACGACUAGUUGCUGUUAAAUUCUUACUUCAAGAUGCUUCGGAGAAAGAAAAAGCCGAUUUCCACCGGGAUGUCCGCAUCUUAGGAGCCUUGGAAGACCCUCACAUCGCUCGUGUUUUAGGAGCCUGCUGGGAUGAGCCUUUGGCCGUCGUUUUAGAAUAUUUAGAACUUGGUGAUCUUAGAGCAUUCUUGUUAGCUUCCACUGGUCCAGGAGCAUUAGAAGGACCUCCUGCUCAUUUGGCAUCUGGUCAGGUGUUGACACCACACCAUCUGCUGCAUAUGGCAGCACAAAUCGCUGCUGGGAUGAGAUAUUUGGAGAGCCUCAAUUUUGUGCACAGGGAUUUGGCAACAAGGUAA